CGCCGUCGUCCCGUGCGAUCCACACGAGAGACCGAGAGACGAAAACUGUCAGUAUUGUCGUCGCUGUCGGUCGUAGACUUUGUCGGUCGGUUCCCGGAGACGUGUUGUAGCGGCCGACGAGAUCGUCGUUUCCCCGUGACGUGUUCGACGAAAAGUACAUAUUUAAUUCAUUAUGAGUGAUGACGGUGAUAUUAUUCCAAGUGUUAUGCAAAAUGGUGGAAAUCAAUACAAAAUAAAAGAGAAUUCAUUUUUACCUAGCGCUGUUCCUGAAAAUAACACAACAAUGAGUUUCGAAAACACAAAACCAGCAGAAAACUAUGGACCAGACCAAGUUUUACCUGCUUCAAAAAAAUAUACAAGUGAAGCAAAUGGUCGAGUUACUUUAAGGAUUGAGGCUGGUGCAGAUAAUACCCCUAUAUCUGUACCUGGACUUUUGACUAGAAGUGCCGAAAAAUAUGGAGAUCUACCGGCAUUAAAUUACAAAUCAGACAAUAAAUGGGUCAAAGUUACUUAUAAAGAAUAUGAACAAAAUGUACGAACUGUUGCUAAAGCAUUUUUAAAGUUGGGCCUUGAAAGAUUUCAUGGUGUCUGUAUAAUCGGGUUUAACUCUCCAGAAUGGUUUUACUCAGACUUAGGUGCCAUUUAUGCUGGUGGUUUUGCUGCUGGAAUGUACACAACAAAUCUUGUUGAUGCUUGUCUCCACUGUUUGGAGACAAGUAAAGCAAAUAUUGCUGUAGUUGAAGAUAGUAAACAAUUAGAAAAAAUACUAUCAAUCAAAAGUCGUCUACCCCAUUUAAAAGCUAUCAUUCAAUAUGAAGGCAAACCUACUGAAGAGGGUGUUUUAUCGUGGGAAGAUGUAAUGAGAAUUGGAUCAGCUGAAUCUGAUGACAAAUUAAAUGCUAUAUUGAAAACCAUGGGAGUCAAUGAGUGUUGUACAUUAGUAUUUACGUCUGGAACUGAAGGUGCAUCAAAAGCAGUCAUGGUUAGUCAUGAUAAUCUAACAUACAAUGCACAUAUGAUCACAAAAUUCUUGUCCUUGACGGAUGGCAAGGAAGUUCUCGUAUCAUAUUUACCUUUGAGUCAUGUAGCAGCACAAAUCACUGAUAUAUAUAGUGCAAUUACAUUAGGGGCUCAAGUAUUUUUUGGUGAAAAAGAUGCUCUUAAGGGUUCUUUAGUGAACACACUUCAAGCUGCCAGGCCUACAGUUUUCUUGGGUGUCCCUCGUGUUUGGGAAAAAAUAAAUGAAAAAUUAGUGAGUAUUGGCCGAAAAUCAGGUUCAUUGAAGAAGUACAUUGCUGAUUGGGCUAAAGAAGUUGGCUUAAAUCAUUAUGAAGAAGCAAUGAAAGGAGUUGAAAGAGAAACAUACUCAUACAAAUUCUUCAGAUGGUUAAUUUAUGGUCGUAUCAAAAGUGCCAUUGGUUUCGAUAGAUGCAAAUAUUUUAUUUCAGCUGCUGCUCCUAUAUCAGUUGAACUAAAAAAAUAUUUUAUGAGUUUGGAUAUACCUUUGUGCGAAGCAUUUGGAAUGUCUGAAUGUGGAGGUGCACAUACACUGAGUAAUCCAACUGAUGAAAAUGUUGCUGGUGUUGGGAAAACAUUAGAUGGAGUCUCUUCAAAAAUUGACAAACCCGACAAGGACGGAAAUGGCGAAUUGUGUAUAUACGGACGCCAUGUAUUCAUGGGUUAUUUGAAUCUGGCAGAAAAAACAGAGAGUACCCUAGACACUGAUGGAUGGCUUCAUUCUGGUGAUAUAGCCCAAAUAGACGAUAAAGGAUAUGUUACUAUUACCGGAAGAAUAAAGGAAUUGUUAAUUACAGCUGGUGGAGAGAACAUACCUCCUGUAUUAAUCGAAAACAAUGUUAAAGCCGCACUACCAGUUAUUAGCAAUGCUUUCUUAAUAGGAGACAAGAGAAAAUUCUUGUCCAUACUAUUAUCCCUAAAGUGUGAAGUAGAUGCUGAAACUACUGAGCCACUCGACACUUUAACACCUGAAGUGGUUUUAUGGCUAUCGUCACUUAAUUGUAAGUUUACCAAAGUGUCUGAGGUUGUAGCAAAUAAACCUAAAGAAGUUUUUGAUGAGAUACAAAAAGGCAUUGAUGCAGCCAACAAGAAAGCUAUAUCAAAUGCACAGAAAAUCCAAAAGUUUUCACUUUUGCCAAUUGAUUUCUCCUUGCCUACUGGUGAAUUAGGUCCUACAUUAAAAAUUAAACGUCCAGUAGUAAACGAAAAGUACAAAGAUUUAAUCGAGGAGUUCUACAAGAACUGAUGAAACCACAUUGGUAAAAGAAAAUUUUUGUUCAUGUUACACAAUGAAUGUUACAAUACAUAAGAAAAAAAAAUUAAAAACAAAUCGUUCACGCAGGGUGUUUGAAUCAGCAGUUAAGUUAGUUUUUUGUACCAGUUUCAAAUCUGUAAACCUGUAAAAUUUUAUUUUUUUUAAAUUGUAAAUCUCCUUCUUUAUCCCUUGAAACUAUUGUUGUUGUACUUAAAUAUGAGUAAGUUUAUUUUUAUUAUAUUUCCCGUUACCUUGUGAUCUGAAUUUUUGUACUGGCUCUGUGUACAAAAUUUGUUUUCUGUAGGUAACUAUUAUCUUUUUAAUUUAAUUAUUUUAAAUAGACAAGUUAUUAUUGUUUUAGUAGAAAUAUUUUUAUUGUGAUAUUAUUUUUUUUCAAACAAAACAAUUAGAAUUUUUAUGAAAUAUUUUAAUUAAAUAUUAUUUAAAAUUAAGUUAAUUAAUUGGUGAUAAAAUUAAUAAACAUAACAUUAAUUGUUAUUUUAAUACGUGUGCACAUAUAUACUUAUUAAAAGACUACAAACUUGUUGUACGGUUUCAUGUGUAAUCCGUGAUAAUAUUGUCAAUUUGUCUUAAUGUAAUGUUGUGUUACUUGUAACAAUUAUUAUAUUAUGAUGUUUUUAUAUAAUAAUAUUAUACAUAAUUCUAUGCGUAUAAUAUUCA